AUGGACUUCAGCACGAACGCGCUGACGACCGAGGAAGAGGAGGAGAUGAAACACUUCUUCACAACAUAUGAUGUAGACGAAAAUGGUAUGUUAGAGUUGGAUGAACUGCAGAAAAUGUUUGCUAAUUUCAACGUCAUCGCGCUGAAAGAGGACAUAAAGGCUUUCUUUGAAAGGGUUGACACUGACCGGGACGGAACUGUAGACUUUGAUGAGCUGAUGCAGUAUAUAGAGGAGAUAAUGGCAGAGAAGUCUACCUCAGAUGAAGUGGUGGACGCUUUUAAUCUGAUAGACGAGGAUGGUAGUGGGGAGGUGUCACACGAAGAGGUAGCGGUGGCGAUGUAGAAGGCAGACGUUGGAAUCCCAACAGAAGACAUAAAGUUUCUUUUGGAGGAGGCAGAUCUCAACAAUGACGGGACCAUCAGCUUCUCAGAGUUCCGGAGUAUAAUCCACGGACUGUGAACAAAUUGUAAUGGGUGUUUAAUGUGUUAAAUGUGUUAAAAAUGGGUGUUAAAUGUGUUAAAAUGUUGUUAUUUGUUCACAAUUUAAAAUUUUGCCUUCGAUAUCACGAUAAUAUGUGUCUUCUCCGCUGAAAAUGAAGAGUUUGUUGAGCAACUUAACAUAUAAAUGAGAUCGUGAAUCGUGAUAAUAUUGUUGUAAUUAAAUUGAAAUUUGAUUUUUAAUUU